AGGGAGAUGGUCUUAUACAGUCUUUCACUAUGGACUUUCACAAUUGCAUAGUCAAACAUUUACGCAAGGAUUGAACAACAGGGAAAUAAAAACAUAAAACCACACCCAUGUACCUAACAUUGAUGGAGCUUGAAGAAAUCCGCAAAUGUGGGAUGAAAAACUUCCGUAAUAUCCAGGUUGAUGAAGCUAAUUUAUUGACUUGGCAAGGGCUUAUUGUUCCUGACAAUCCUCCAUAUGAUAAGGGAGCCUUCAGAAUUGAAAUCAACUUUCCAGCAGAGUAUCCAUUCAAACCUCCUAAGAUUACAUUUAAAACAAAGAUCUAUCACCCGAACAUUGAUGAAAAGGGGCAGGUUUGUCUGCCAGUAAUUAGUGCUGAAAACUGGAAGCCAGCAACCAAAACUGACCAAGUAAUCCAGUCCCUCAUAGCACUGGUGAAUGACCCACAGCCCGAGCAUCCUCUUCGGGCUGACCUAGCUGAAGAAUACUCUAAGGACCGUAAAAAAUUCUGUAAGAAUGCUGAAGAGUUUACAAAGAAAUAUGGUGAGAAGCGACCAGUGGACUAAAAUCUGACAGUUGAUGUCAGCAACGUAUGAUAGAAGAUCCGGAGCAGUGCAUUUCAGACCCCGCAAAGCAGGACUCUAUGGAAAAUUGACAAGUGCCACCUUUCGGUGUUAACUUGUGGCUGUUACUAACUUUCUACAGUUUUCUUAAUCAAAAGUGGUGUAGGUAACCUGUAAAGAAAGGAUUAAAAAUUUAAGAUGUUCUAGUUCUGCUUUCUUUGUUUAAAAAUCACUGCUUCAAUAUACUUUAAAGUAUGCUGUUUCUUUUUCUUGUCAGAAUUUAUCAAAAAUAUCUUAGACUUAUAUCCUGCCCUUACGGUUGUGGCUGUCGUCUCUUACUUUUCCUUGCAGUUCCCAUUAUCUUGAGUUCAUUUACUUCUUCAUUUGGUUUUCUUUCCCAACACUGAUGUCUUAGAAAAAAUAUCCCUGUCCUGGCAGAAAAUGGUUGAAUGUUUGGCAGUUCUGUUUACUUUUCUGUUUAAAUGUUGCACUGUGCUUUGUGGAACUUGGUUGCAAGUUCCCCUUAACUUCAGUUUGUAACAUAAUAAACAAAACACAAACCAGCCCCCAGAAAACAAUCAGAACUAUAGCCCAGGUAUUAUGUAAAUCUGGCUGAUGUUACCACAAUAAUGUUUAUUAAACGGGGAAACCCAAGUUUUUGUGUGCGUGAUUGAAUUAAAAUAUGGCUUAUGUCCUGCUUUUGGAAAACUUUGACAAAGAAAGUACCUGUAGCAAACGAAUAGUGGAAUGUGAUUAUGAAGUUCUUUCACUUUUCUUCUUAAUAUCUAUGCAGACUAGCUAGGAAAAAAAAUUGCACAGAACAACAUUGCAACCAGUUUAGAAGAGUUUCAGAACGUGGGGACCAAGAGGUACCAAAUAAACUGUUUUUGAGUUAAAAAUAAAUACUUUUUGGAAUGGUUAAUUUUGAAAUUAAAAGUUAAAUUUGACACCAUUGCUAGUCAUUUGAGUACAUUUUUCCAUCAAAAUGUAUUAAGAACAUAAGUGCCAUAUUGGGUCAGACCAGUGGUCCAUCUAGCCCUGUAUCCUGUCUCCUGUAGCAGGAGUGGAUGCUUUAGAGGGAGAGGAUAUGAACAGGGUAUAUCUGGAGUGAUCUGUCCUCUGUCAUACCCUCCUUGACAUCCACCAUCAUUGGCUUAGAGAUGCCACAGGAUACAUCUCUGAACCAUUUGUAUUUUAUAGAAUGACAUCCCCUCCCCCAAUUAUUGUAUGAUUCUUUUUAUUAAAAAUGGUAUGAGAAUAGCAUUAAGCAAUAAACUGUAAUAAGCAGAAUACAUUUCACUAGUACUGUCCAUGAAUAUCUGUAAGAAAUAAUAUACCACACUUGAGUUAGAUGAUUUAAUGAGUAUUUAAAAUAUCAUCCCAUCAUCCUAAUUUAUUUGGACAAAAAAUAGACUUUUCUUUCGAAGGCAUGGAACCUUUCCCAAUGCAAAAGGCAGCUCUUGCUGUUCAGGACUGUUCUUAAUACUAUUUCCAAUUGCUUUUCUUUUAACUGCCUUUUCCCCCUAGAUCUAAAACGUGAUCAUAGCUGUACAGUCAAACUGCCAUACAAUCAAACUGCCUUCUCUUCCCAACCGUGAGAAUUGUUGUGUUGUUGAACAAGCAGAUUUAUCUGCAGAAAUCCUUAGGCACUUAGGAGUACGUACUGUUUUGAUGUGCAGGUAGUUGCAUUAGUAAAUCCUUUCACACCUGGAUAGUUGGUACUCCUACAAUCAGCAGUAGUAUAGCCUCUGCCUUUGCAAUGUUUCAGGGCAAGUGUGUGUUAAAGAAGCAGUUUUGUUUCUUGUAUAUUUCCUUUCUCUUCUACCCACCCUAUUUUGCUCUGCUUUAAGGUUUAGCAUAAAGAAUGACAGCCCAGGGCCUCUGAUAAACUUUUUUUUUUUAUAAGUUAGGGAGCUACGUUUAAGUGUUCUUAGACAGAUUCUUUGGCAGAUAAAUAAAGUUAAACCACGUUCACCUUAUUUACAGAAACUUGCAUUUCCUGAGUGUUUUCAGGCUUGGUGAGAGCACUAUUACCAAAUUUUUCACAUCUUUGUGUCUUCAUUUGCAGAUAGUUGCUACUGAUUUUGUUUCAUUCACGCUCACUCACAUUCAUAAUAAAAAAAUUGCCAAAUUA